CUCUAUUACGUCUUGGCAAAUUAUUGCCCUAACACACACACGCGCGCGCGCGCGAAUGUACCUCUAUAUAUUAGUCCGUCAUCACUUCCACUAUUUUGCCUACUAAUGAAUGCAAUAUUUAUGGACAUACUCUCGAAAAUCAUGCUUAUCGCAAUCGUGUCCUGGUUUGUAGUAAUUUGGUUUGUGGCAAUAUUUCUUUGCUAUACCAAAUGGUUCCUAGCUCAAGGUGCCACGUCAUCAUCAUCAUCAUCACCACCACCGCCGAUCUUAGUACCUCCGACUAUGGUGUUUGGUUUUCCCAUGAUUAGUCUCGAAAACUUGUUUACCAUAAAUAGUAGAAUAAGCACCAACAACAACUUAUAUGUUCGCUAUCGCCGCUCUCCUUUAAAUACUAAUAAGGGCCUAGAUUCUUUUGCCAUUUCUUCGAUUCCUCAGUUUGUUUUCAGAUCAGGAGAACACAAUCAAAACAAUAAUAGUGGAUUGGUAUUAUUGGAAUGUGUUAUAUGUUUGAGUUUAUUUGAAGACGGAGACAAGUGCCGGAAACUAGGGUUGUGCGAACACGCCUUCCAUGUGGAGUGCGUGGAUAUGUGGCUUCGCUCUCACAAGACUUGCCCCGUUUGUCGUGCUCGUGCAGAUGUUCGUGCAGUUCGUACGAAUCAUGGAACUAAUAGUAAUAAUAAUAAUAAUAAUGUAAUGAAUAGUGAAGAAUUUUGUGAGAUGAGGGUAGUGAGGGUGGAGGAACCUAGUAGGUUGGAUAUUGUUGUCGAGGUUCCAAACAUUCAAAAUAAUAUUGGAUCAAUGGAUGCAUGCACUAGUCAAAGUAAUUAGGAGAUUAUUUAUUAUUAUUAGGGUUAAAUACAAAAACACCGUUUACUAUGAACUUUGCAUUAUAUACCUCCUAUCCUACACAUAAAUACAAAAACCCCCUACCGUUAUUUUUUUUCCAAAAUAUGACGAAAAUAACCCUAAUAAAGCAUAUAUACAAGGGUUUGUU